GGUGGCGUCGGGAGGCCGCUGUUCAUCAAUGUCUGCAGCUGGAAAAGGGUCCCGGCGCCCAAGGGCCCCGCUGACCCCACACCUGUCAGUGCGGGGCCGUUAGAAGCAUCUGGCGAAGGAGACCUUUACAGCAUUAUAGAUAUUGCAUAUAACCCAGAUGUUCUUCAGAGGGGACAAGAAAACCCAGAAAAAAUGGAGCACUUGAUCCAUUUGACACUUAAAUUUGUUGAGGAACGAUGCAACCUUACUCUUUCUCAUUUGUACACCAUUGAAUCAUUCAAAUUGAAGGGAAGCCUGGAAACGAUGCAGCAACGUCUGAGAGGAAGGCAGAGGCCAACUCCACGUCCCAGUCAGAACACAAAGAAGGAACUAACACUUGAUGAGCUGCUACACACAAUGGAAGCUGAGGACUGCAGCAAUGCUUCGGUGCUGCUGAAGGAAGAAAGUGUGACACAGUCUAAUGGGCAUCUGAUAGAGGAAAUUGCUAGUACUGAAAUGCCAGAAAAGCUAAGUACCCCCGUCUAUGAAAUGAUCACUGUAAAGGAUGCAAACAAGAAACCACUCAAAAUUGAACUCAGAAUUGAAUUGCCUAAGGUUAGCUCUGUUUCUGAGUGCGAUCUGAGAAUUUCAAAGGAUGACAUAAUCAUUGAAGUCCCUGAAAAAUACAAAUUACAACUCGAUCUGCCAGAAUUGGUGGAUGAAGAAACAACUACAGCGGUAUUUAACAAAGGAAAACGGGUAUUGUUUAUCACAGUGCUGGUUGCCAAGCCAGGUCCUUAA